AUGGAUGAUGUGGAGGCCUGUUCUGAACAGAGUGUAUCUGUACAAGUGGAGGCACAGCUGUUCAAUGACAGGUCUACCCUCACUGAACACCACAGAGUUCACACUGGAGAAAAACCAUAUGAGUGUAGUGAUUGUGGGAGGUCAUUCAGGAAAAAGUCCACUCUCACAGAGCACCACAGAGUUCACACUGGAGAAAAACCAUAUGAGUGUAGUGAUUGUGGGAGGUCAUUCAGGAAAAAGUUCGCUCUCACAGGGCACCACAGAGUUCACACUGGAGAAAAACCAUAUGAGUGUAGUGAUUGUGGGAAGUCAUUCAGGCAAAAGUCCACUCUCACAUUGCACCAAAGAGUUCACAGUGGACAAAAGCCAUAUGAGUGUAGUGAUUGUGGUAAGUCAUUCAGGCAUAAGUCCACUCUCACAGGGCACCAGAGAGUUCACACUGGAGAAAAGCCAUAUGUGUGUAGCGAUUGUGGGAAGUCAUUCAGGCAUAAGUCCACUCUCACAGAGCACCAGAGAGUUCACACUGGAGAAAAACCUUAUAUGUGUAGUGAAUGUGAGAAGUCAUUCAGGCAUAAGUCCAAUCUCACAUUGCACCAGAGAGUGCACACUGGAGAAAAGCCAUAUGAGUGUAGUCAUUGUGGGAAGUCAUUCAGGAAAAAAAUAAGGCUUACAGAGCACCAGAGAAUUCACACUAGAUAAAAGCUGUAUGAGUGUAGUAAGUGUGGGAAGUCCUUCAGCAGAAGCUCUACUCUCAUUUGACAUCACAGAGUUCACACUGGAAAAGGGCCUCAUGAGUGUAUUGAAUGUGGGAAAUCAUUUCACCAUAAAUCUGUCCUCCUUUAACACUUGAGAGUACACACAGGAGAAAAGCUUUAAAUGUGCAGGGAAUUUUUUAUCUUUCUCACUCAGAAUAGCAACACUGAAGGAGAAGCAUUUACCCCCAUUUACCUGAAUAGGAUCCCCUUUCAUCAGAACGUACACUCUGCUACAUUCCUCCUAAGUUUCAGGUACAAUUGAGGUUUUCAGAAACUACAUUGCACCUGCUAACCUAGUCAGGCCUACGACCUGAUUGAUGUCCCUGUGAGUAUUUGUGUACAAAUGAUCUUACGUCUACCAUCUGGCUCACCUAUAUAGUGUGCAUCCGUCACAAUGCUUGCAUAAUCUGGGGUUGUCCUUGAGAAAACUAUGAAUAUUCGAAGCUCCUGGCUGGAUCUUCAUUCCUUUAUUUCUGACCAGAGAAUUGACCUGACCCAGGUUUCAUCCAGAGCACCCUCCUCAGCUAAGUGCUUCCUCUUUCAGGGACAUUGUGGGUCUCACAUUGUGCUGAGAGGAAGUGUUUCAGGUUCCAAUUCAUCAACCUGCAAACCUGGUGCUAUCCUCUGGUUUAUUAUCUUUAUGUAAAGUUGUUUUUCCUUU